GUGGAAAUCUUCUACCGACCGCAGUCGCUGAUUUAUGCGAAGGAGACUGGGUGGGAGCGUCUGGGCAGCCAGAUCACCGACUCCAACGGUCGUCUCACAUUUCAACUAUCUGAAGCUUCUCGACUGCCAGUGGGUCUGCAUCGCAUCCAACUCAUUCCCAUCAUCGGUGAGCCUGACGAACAGGCAGUAGAACUUACUCUUGCUAUCGUUCCACCCAACUGUGACGUCGUCAUUUGUAGCAUCGAUGGCUCCUUUGCUGCCAGUCUCUCCCUCAUGGGAAAGGAUCCGAAGGUGCGACCAGGCAGUGUGGACAUAAUGCGCCAUUGGUAUGCGCUGGGCUACCUCCUCAUAUACAUCUCGGCGCGACCGGAUAUGCAGCACCGCCAAGUCGCCUCGUGGCUCGCUCAGCACAACUUUCCACCAGGCCUCACAUUCUUUCUUGAUGGCAUCUUCACUGACCCCUUACGGCAGAAGGCCAUCCUCCUUAAAUCCCUUGUUGAACAGAACCAAUUAUCCGUGCACUGCGCCUACGGGUCGGCAAAGGACGUGCCAAUUUACCGAUCAUUGGGCCUUCAAGCACAUCAAAUAUUUGCGGUGGGAAAACUUUCCCGCCGUCAAGCUCUAGAAGCAACUCCAAUUCGAGAGGGCUACACUUCUCACUUCAAGGAGCUGAUGGACCAGAAGCAUCUCUCGAUUCCGGCCACAGGACCACUAAGCGCAGCGGUGCUGCGAAACGCGGCUGAGCUUCUCCAUUCCUCUGCUCCGCCGUCCGCGAAAUCCACUGUCUUCUUUGACCUGCCGGGAACGGUGGUUGACGUUGUGCCCAUGUCCGUACCCUCGUCGCCUCCGGCGCACCACCAUGAAUUUAUUAAACAAGCACAACACUAUGAAAAUAUAAAGGACUAUGGCUUGGCAGUGUUCUACUACGUAGAGGCAGUUCAGGCAUGGUUGAAUGCCAAAAAUGCAGGUUCUACGAAUCCUGAUAUUUUAGCUCUUGCACGCUCUUACACAAGACACGCCGAGGAGCUGGUUGAGAAGAGAGAUGCAAUGGGGUCGAUUGCGAAAGUGCCGCAGCAAAACAUGGAAGUUGAACGGGCGAAGUGCCUUCUCAAUGAAGCACUGGAAGCCGAUGAACAGGAAAACUCUGCGGAUGCCCUCAAUCUAUACAGUCAAGCUAUUGAAAUACUCUUGAAAGUGCGUAACGAAACAAGCGAUCGGGCAUUUCGUGAAAAAGUUGAACGGUUGGCCAAACAAGCGCUAGAUAGGGCAGAGGCGCUGAAAACUGCUGCUAGGUCACCAUCAUUGUCCAAAAUGUCAGCUGCCCAAAAAGCAUGCAACCGACUUUUAAUUUGGCUUGAUUUGUAUUUUGCUUGCUCGCACCUGUACCUUUGCGUUGUGGGAAGACGCGCAUGUAUUUAUCUUGCAGCUCGCAGUGGAGAAGCAGGGGGUUAUACAAAGGAAGAGCUUCGUGUUUUACGAGAAACAUCCACAAUCAAUGGCAGGGAGUAUCUGCCUUUUCUAGACGCAAUUGAUAGUCAUGAACGAUUUGCGUUUGCUCAACCGUUUACGGAUCAGCACGGGCUGAUUGCUUUGUCUUCUAAGCAGCGGUCUGGCUUUGUUAAGUGGGUGCGACCAAGCGACUUUUUGAACGAUCCGACAAUGAUUAUCGCUGUUUCUUGUUUCCCGAUCCGUCAAACCUGUGUAACUGAUUGUUCUUUUGUGGCCUCGAUGGCUGUUGCUGCCCAGUAUGAACGCAGGUUCAAAAAGCGCCUUAUAACUAACAUUAUUUAUCCACAAAAAAAGAACGGUGAGCCCGUCUACAACCCAUGCGGUAAAUACAUGGUAAAACUCCACCUAAAUGGCGUUCCUCGGAAAAUAAUUAUCGACGAUCGGUUGCCCAUGGGCUACCACGACGAACUGUUGUGCUCUUUUUCGACGAACAAAAAUGAACUCUGGGUCUCCCUUCUUGAGAAAGCCUAUAUGAAAGUUAUGGGUGGUUACGACUUCCCCGGUUCAAAUUCGAAUAUCGACUUGCACGCAUUGACUGGCUGGAUUCCAGAACGUGUCUCAAUAAAAUCAAGUGGCACUAACGAAUUCGACGCGGACCGCGAGUUUCGGCGUCUGGAAAAGCGAUUUCACCGAGGUCACUGCCUGGUGACUGUGGCGACAGGACUGCUCACUCCAGAAGUCGAACAGCGCAGCGGUUUAGUUCCCACUCAUGCUUAUGCUCUUCUUGACAUGCGGCAAGUCGACCAAACAAAGCUUCUGCUUCUCAAGAAUCCGUGGAGUCGAACGCGCUGGAAAGGCAACUUUUCCGAUCAGGACACUGAACGCUGGACACCUGAGAUGCAAAGGAAGCUUGAUUACGAUCUGAACAGCGCCCGUUAUGUUGACAAUGGCGUAUUUUGGAUCGACUAUAAAUCGCUCCUCUACUUCUUUGAUGUCUUCUAUAUCAAUUGGAAUCCCGAACUUUUCCCUUACACCACCUGUGUUCAUAGUGAGUGGUCUGCUUCUGAGGGGCCGAAGAAGGACGUUUAUUCAUUCGCAAAUAAUCCACAGUAUACUCUGGAGGUUCAGGCCAAGUCCCAAGCUCCUGUUUGGGUGCUUCUUACUCGGCACAUUACUAAUAAGAAUGACUUUGCCCACAAUAACGAGUUUAUUGGAUUGGUCGUAUACAAGGACAUUCAGAGCCGGAAGGUCUACCACCCCAACGACCCAGUUCCAUUGAAGGAUAGUGUGCGCAUCAACUCACCGCACUGCCUCAUUCAACUUGUUCAGGAGCCGGGAACCGUCACUUACACCCUUGUAGUCUCUCAAUAUGAGAAGAAUGUCACCAUCCAGUACACGCUCCGCGCCUACUCUACUGCUCCCAUGCGAUUUAGCCCUAUCACUGAUCCCUACACCGUGACCAAGACGAUAAAUGGGGAAUGGAAGGGCAACACGGCGGCAGGGUGUCAGAACUAUGCCAACUUUGACAAAAAUCCUACGUUCACGUUGGUGUGGCCGAAUAACGAAGUGGAUAACCAAGUGCUGGUAGAGGUACGUGGUCCGCGUGACUUCGCUAUCGGGUUCACAUGGGACGUCGUAAGCCUCACUAACCCUUCGCCUCUCAAUUCUUCCCGCUCCCUCUCCACCGGCAACUACCGUGCUGAAGUUGUCUUUGUGAUUGGUCUUAGUCGGGGCUACACUAUGCUGGAACUAGCAGGACUGUCGGGAGGGCGGUAUAAGAUAACAUUAGCGACCUUCGAACCACUUCAAGAGGGCCCCUUCAUUCUAUCGGUGAAGAGCACUCGCCCACUGACCCUCACUCGGCUUCAAUAA